AUGGAUGACCACUUUACAAGAUGGCCUGAGGCUGUGCCCACGAGAGACGCUUCUGCCAAUACUGUGUCGCUGCGGCUUUCCUGUCCUGUUGGGUCUCGCGUUUCGGUACGUGUCUCAUCCCGCAUCGUCACCGAUAGAGACCAACAGUCUGAAGCGCAGGUCUUCUCAGCCUUCACUGCUCUCCUCGUUGCGACACGCUGCCGCACUACUUCGUAUCACCCGGUUUCAAAUGAACUCGUGGAGCGUUUCCACAGGCAACUAAAGGCUGCCAUCAUGGCUUACGAGGACCCCACCCAAUGGAUCGACAUCAUUCCGUUGAUGCCACUAGGCAUCCGAGCCGCACUGAAACAAGAUCUUGCGUACAGUAGCGCCGAGCUCGUAUAUGUCACCGCACUUCGUCUGCCUAGUGACUUCUUCAGCCCGUCCUCCAGAACGGCACCUGAUCCCUCCACCUACGCCAGUCGUCUUCGCCGUAUCUUCGACGGCAUACGUGCUACACCUCCACGCACUCCUACAUCCCGACCGCACUACAUUUAG